UGCCUGAAAUGGAUAUUCAGAAACCCAUCUCUUUGAAAUGAAAACAGCAAGAUCGAUAAUGGCGGCAUGUCAUCAUUGCUGUGCUGUAUAAGUCGCUAAAGGUUUACUGACCCAAAUAACAUCAAAGCGACGAAACAAAGAAACUUAUACGCACACAAUUACCAUCUGACACAGCAAGCAUUGAAGACAUCUGAGGAUUACAUUACUUCUUCCUGAGCAACCAGCUGUCUAUCACAAGCCUUAAACAUCCCUACUUAUCUCAGGACGGUUGUGUUUCUGAGUCACGAUAUAUUUUGUGCUACGUCAUACUCUGUCCAUCUGAUCAUAUCUGAGCGAGCUGAUUCCACGGCUGUCUUUUCGUGAUACGUGCCUUGCACCCGACUUUGGCGGCCGCGAGUGUCCGCUCCAGUUGGCACCGGCUGUCUGCACUCCUAGUUACACACUCAUCAUGUCCCACAAUCCUCAGUGGAACUCGUUCCAGCCGCCAUCCCAGCCCGGCAUGAAAUCCUACUCCAACUACCACUCGGCCAACAGUGGCUACCACGGCUCCUACCACGGCUCGUCCCACUCGCCGCCGGGACCGCGCUACGGCGGCGGCGGUGGCGGCUCGGCGCACUACGCCAGCCAGACGAGCGACUCGGGAGGCGGCGGCGGCGGCGGCGGCGGUGCCGAGUUCGACAUCGGCGUCUUCUCCGUGGGCACCUUCUCGGCCGGCGGCGGCCACAAGAACGGCUAUGGUGUCAACGGCUUCCCGGGAAAGGAGGGGAGCCCCAGCCACGCCGGCCACGGCCUCCGCGAGACGGGCAUCAUCGAGAAACUACUGCACUCGUACGGUUUCAUCCAGUGCUGCGACAGACAGGCCCGGCUGUUCUUCCACUUCAGCCAGUUCGACGGCACCAUCGAGCACCUGCGCGUCGGAGACCCUGUCGAGUUCGAGAUGACCUACGACAAGCGCACCGGCAAGCCCAUCGCCUCGUCCGUCUCCAAGAUCACACCGGAGGUGACGCCCCAGGUGCUGAGCGAGGAGCGCGUCACGGGCACGGUGACCACGGAGCUGACGGCCGGCGCGCCCGCUCAGCACGGCCGCAUCAGCUACGAGAACCGCGGCGAGUGCUUCUUCCUUCCGUACGACCAGGAGGACAUCGAGGGCAAUGUGACGCUGCGCGUCGGCGACCUGGUCAGCUUCCAGAUGGCCACCAACCCGAGAACGGGUAACCUGGCGGCGCGCUGCGUGCGUCUGGAGAACCCGGCCAACCCGAUCCACUACCAGGGUAUGGUGUGCUCGCUGCAGCCCGACGAGCGCAGCGGCUUCAUCGAGCGCGCCGACGUGGUGCGAGAGAUCGUGUUCAGCAGCGACAGCGUGCAGGGCGACCGGCCCAUCACGCUGGGUGAUGAGGUCGAGUUCACCAUCCAGACGGUCCAGGGUAAGGAGGUGGCCACCAACAUCGUCCACCUGGAGGCCGGCACCGUCGUCUUCGAGGACGUCGACCCCACCGACGUCAAGGGACAGGUGCUGAAGGCGCUGGAUGAGGUCGGAGAUACCAAUGACCCGAUGCCGGGCCGUAUUCGGUACCGUGUCAAGGACACCUCGGAGGUGCAGGAGGUGCCGUUCGGCGAGCGCGACCUCAAGGGCAGCUUCACGCUGCGCCACGGCGACUGGGUGCAGUUCAACGUGGCCACCGACCGGCGCGACAAGCUGCAGCGUGCCACCGGCGUCUCGCUGCUCGACCAGUCGUUCCUCGUCUCCGGCGAGAAGCGCGAGCACGGCGUGCUGCUCUCGGUGAAGGAGCACAGCUACGGCUUCAUCCGCUGCGUUGAGCGCGACCAGAACCUGUUCUUCCACCUGUCGGAGAUGGUGGACCCCGAGCGCGGUCUGCAGAACAAGGACGAGGUCGAGUUCACCGUGGUGCCCGACCCCAAGAUCCCCUCGCGCCAGACGGCCAUCCGCAUCCUGCGCCUGCCGCCCGGCACCGUGCGCUUCGAGACGGUGGUGCAGGCCGGUCUGACGGGCACCGUCACUCGCGAGCCCUCCUCCAAGUUCUCGCGCUCGCCGGGCCGCGCGGCGGCCGCCAAUGGCAGCGGAGACAAGUCCAACGAGACGGGUCUGAUCACGUACGAGCUGGACGGCGCCACGGCCACGGUGACGUUCAGCCACACGGCGACCGACCCGCGCCACAGCCCGCGCCACGGCGACACGGUCCGGUUCAGCCUGAUGCAGUCGCGCCGCACCAAGGAGCUGUGGGCCGCCGAGGUGGCCGUCACACAGCGCGCCGAGCGGCCCGAGAGAGCCGAGCGGGCCGAGCGGCCGGCCCGCGAGCCGCGCGACGCCGCCCUCGAGCCCGGCUCCAUCCACCAGGGAUACGUGACGGCGCUCAAAGACAGCUACGGCUUCAUCGAGACGCUGCAGCACGACAGAGAGAUCUUCUUCCACUACAGUAUGCUGCGCGGUGACCCGGAGAAGAUCCAGCUGGGUGACGAGGUACAGUACACGCUGAGCCGACCGGGCAGCCAGGGCCGCGUCUCGGCCGAGAACGUGACGCCGCUGCCGGCAGGCACGCUCUCCAAGCCAGCCGUGCUGCCCGAGGUGCUGGAUGGCAUUGUGCUGCGUCCGCUGCGCAGCUCCGACCCUGACCAGCCGCUCUACGCCGGCCUGGUGCAGGCCAACACCACAGAGGAGGUCGGCCAGGCGUACGAGUUCGGCAUCACGUCGCUGGCCAACAAGAAGGACUACCUGCAGGUGGGCGACUCGGUCACCUUCCAGGUGGAGGAGGGCGGCCAGCGCGCCACCAACAUCAAGAUCCAGCGCAAACGCUACCGCGCCACCGUCGACGCAUUCAAGAACCAGUACGGCUUCCUGUCGUACGAGCACGAGGCCGGCAAGAAGCUGUUCUUCCACGUGAGCGAGGUGAAGGACGGCGUGGCUCUGCGCGAGGGUGACGAGGUGGAGUUCUCAGUGGUGACCUCCCACCGGUCGGGCAAAUCGUCCGCCUGCCAGGUGGUGCGCAUCAGCAGCGCGGCUGAGGAGAAGAAGCGACACAACUCGUUCACGUCGCAGACGGAGCGGCCCGACCGCGUCAUCCAGCGUAUUCGCACGAUGGCGCUCAACGACCAGCGGCGGCCGCGCCAGGUACAGAUCGUGCGUCAGCCGCGCGGGCCCGACCAGGACGGCGGGCGCGGCUUCAGCGCGCGCCGUCCGGCCGCCUGAGUCGCCGCCGAGCCCCGACCGGCCGCCGCCGCCCGCCGCCUCUGCCGCCGCCGCCGCCGCCGCCGCCGCCCACUCCCACACAGCGUGCCUAGAUUCUGGUCUCAAACACAAACAGUGCUUUCCUGACUGUGAUGUUUGGGGGCGUUUGUAAGUUUGAGCAAUAUGCGAGGAUGGGCGGGCUGGGCGAGCGGGGCCGACCGAGCGCGCUGCCGGGCGUCGCCCGCGCCCCCUCUCAGUCACUGUGAGACCAGCGAGGUCGCCGCGUGGCCGGGCCGGUCCUGCCAGGCGGGACCGGCCCGGGGACCGCGCCGCACUCGACUCGCGCGCCCGCGAACUCACACGGACAGAGUGGACAGAUGAUGGACUUUGACAGACACACUGACAGUCGCAUUGACUUUUGACGCGCGCGAACUCUAUAUCCCCUCCGGCCGCGCGCCGGCGAGCCAGCGGCGCGCGGCUGUGACCGGGCCGAGGGCCGACUCCGCGCAGCCGCCGCCGCCGCCCGCCGCGCCGCCGCCGGCGGUUUAAGUUUGUAUUGUUUGUCUUCCAUGUGGCCAGCCGCGGCGCCCACAGUGCGUCGGCCAACGAGACGCCUCUCUUUUAUACGAAAUCCUCUGGUACAAGAUUCUGUGAUAUUUUGCCGUCGCCGCCGCCGCCGCCGCCGGCUGGGUGUCGGGUCAGCCGCUCGCAGCCGGGGGGCGGCGCGCGCGCGCGACCCCGGCCGACGCUCGGCACCAGUCGGCCGCCGCAGACGGACAGAGACGAACACACACACAUACACACACUCAGACACACACACAGCAGAGAGGCAGAGUAUCGCAGUCUCGGGUCCCAGGCGAGCUUAGGUUGCUGAGCGGCUGUAGCCGAUUCUGUUGCGUUGGGCAUUGCGGCCGCUGCUGAAUAAUGUCUGAAAUUCCCCGGCUCGCCGCGGCCGCCGGGCCGUACGGCGGCGAGCAGUAUGUUUUGUUGGCCGUCGGCGGCGCGGUCGGUGGCGGAGGUGACACAGCGGGACGGCUGCGUCCGACGCCGCCGACCAGCCCGCCACGGCCGGCGACGCCGCCGCGCAGCCGCGCACCACUGUGAUUACGUUGCUUCUAAUGUAGAACUUUAAAAACUAUUCCAAAGACAGAGAAGUCCGAGCCGACCGCCGUCAGCGUUUCGCUGCGCGGCGGCCGGCCGCCGGCGCGGCGCCCCGCCGGCCCGGCCACCUGUGUGCGCGUGAGCGCGCGCCCGCAACCGCCACCUGGCGCGCCCCAAUACUCGAGGGAACAAGAACAAUAUCGACACAGUCCCGGCUGCGGACGGCCGGCGGGCGGAGCCGGGCCGCCGCCGCCGCCGGCCGGCCGUCCCCCCAUCUGUAUCUCCUCUACUUCUCACUGUCGUCUGCCUAUCCAGCACGGAAAUUGGCCAGGUGCCCGCCGCCCGGCGGCAGUCGGCGUCCGGUAGGGCCGAGCCGGCCCGCCGCCAGUCGUGGCUGAGCCGUUUCGUGUCAAAGAAAAUGCAAAAAAAUGAACUGUUUGUUUGGUAAUUUGUAACCUCAAGUCUGAACGAAUAAAGCUACUAAAAUCCUCA